AUGACUGAUUAUGAACUUUCAAACCGUGCACUCCGACGCCUGCGCCCCUGGAGCAUCGCCGCCGUCGCCGUCACCGCCCGCCUCUACAUCUUUGGCAUCGGCGGCUACGGCCGCGAGGAGUGGGCCUACGCCCGGAACUUGCACGGCAAGGCUGCCGAUUGGGUCGUUGGCGGUCCUGCGCGCUGGCUCGAGACUUUUGAUUUUGAGUGA